CCUAAAAAGUAUCAAAUAUAUAUAACUCAAAUUCUCGUACAAUCAAAAUUUAUUAUAACACUAUAAAUUUAUUUGUUUGGUGUACCUGAUUUAUUACAACCAAACUCAACAUGAUAAUCAAAAAGACAUUGUUGCUAUCAGUUUUCGUUCUUUUCGGUUGUUUGUUCUCAAUCAAUAAGGCUGAUGAUGCAGAUGCAAAGGAUAAGGAAUUAAUGUCAAAAUUAUUCACUGUGGUUUUUAAAUGCUUUAAGGAUGCCGAUUGGGGCACGUGCGGUGAAAUGAUAACAACUAAAUAUGACAUAACUCAAGCUAAAUAUAAACAGUGUACAUGUCACAUGGCGUGUGCUGGGGAAGAACUUGGAAUGAUAAACGCUUCGGGGCAACCAGAACCUGCGAAGUUCCUCGAAUACGUGAACAAAAUCAAUAAUCCAGACAUUAAGAGUCAAUUGCAACUUAUUUACGACAAAUGCCAAAAUGUCAAAGGGUCGGAGAAAUGCGAUCUCGCAGAACAAUUUGCCA